AUGUUCGUGGCCCAAAUCCGCUUAGCGGCCGUGGAAAUGACGGAAAGUCGGGCUGGAAUUCUACGACUCAUUGGGGGUGACUCUCUCAAGCCAAGUGAUGUUUGGAUGGAGGAUAAAGUGGAGGAACAGGUGCCCAUGCAUCAACUCGUGCAAGCGCUUAGUUCCUUAUCGAGUGAAGGCUUACGGGCACAUGAGACUACAGAGAACGAAACAGACAGCCAGGACAGUAGUGAUGCUAAUAAUGCUACUGCUGUAUCUGAUGCUGAGGAUAUUUAUGAGCGCUACCGUAAAAUGCUCAAAGUUGGUGUGCCACGACAAACGGUUGAGGAGCGAAUGCGUAUUGAUGGAGUCAACAAUGCGGGCCUUGAUGGAGCCUGUAUGACAGGAGCACUGCACCGUAAGCAGUCUUUUACUCCUGCAACAAUUGGUAUGCUUCCUGUGACAAAGACGAAGCGUCGUAGAUGGCACUGGAUUGAAGUCGCCGAAGCCGACCGAGCCCCGCCUCCAUUGGAAGGAUCCUUAUGGAUGCAGGUUAAUGCAAAGGAAGCACAGCAGCGGCUUACUGCUCCAUCGCAGGCGUACAUUCAAGAACUCUAUGUGCGAGAAAUUCCUCAUGCAAUGGAGAGCUCUAAACGUGCACUAUUACAGAGUAACGCUAGAAUAGCUGCCACAAUGCAGCGUCCUUCUCGACCGGGAAACAAAAUGGAAAAGGUGCAGAUAUUGAAAGGGAACAAAGCUGUGAACCUUGAGCUCGCAGUAAACCGUAUCACAUCUCCAUUCACUGAUGUGGCUAAAGAUAUCAAUAUCCUGACGGCUAUGUAUCUGCAAGACACCGAUGUGAGGACAAUACUGGCAAUGUGGCCUAGUAUGGCUGAGGAAAUAGCUCUCGAAGAGUAUUCGGAUGAUUUUGAAGCUCUGAAACUUAGUGAACAAUUUUUGGUGACAAUCCGUGCUGUUCCUAUGGUCAAGGAAAAGCUUGAAUGCCUUUUGCUGAAACUGGAGCUACCUUCACGAGCUGAGAACCUCAAACAAGCAGCGGGUCUAGUGACCCGAGCAUUGAAUCAACUCUGUUCAAGUACUAAAUUCACCAAAGUGAUGCAGCUACUUCGGGACUUUGGCAAUCUUGCAAAUGAGGAAUUUGUUGAGAAUUACAGAACACGGUUUUCUCUCGAAUCGCUGACUAAGAUGAGUCACACGAAAUCAUUUGACAACAAGAGUUCGAUGCUGGAUGGAUUCUUGCACGUCCUUCAGCUGGAAAACGAUGGCACGUUGUCAAAUUUCUACGAUGAAAUCAAUCUUGUCUUGCAAUGCAAGAGCGUAUCUGUAGACGGAUUGAUAGCCGAGAUGACUCAGCUUCGUGAGGGUUACAAGUUGGUACAAGCAGUUGCUCUUGCAAGCAGUAAUGCCUCCGACGAGAGUGCACAACUUGCACACCAAGCUUUUACUCAAUUUGCCGACGAAGUGGACGAUAAACUACACGGUGUACAGAUAAGUUUGGACACUAUGAACACAAGUAAACACAAGUUUGAAUCAUGGUUUGAAGAGGAUGCAAGGGCACCACUUGAUCAACACCUCAAAGCGAUUGUCCAUUUUGCAUUAGCAGCUAAGGCUAAAAAUGCCGUUCUCAACUAA